GCCUGUGACGUCACCCCGGAGCAAGAUGGCGGCGCUGUCAGUGAGGAAGUAGCAUCGGCGCAGGGAAUGGCAACAAUGAAGCCCGAAAGUAGGAGAUACGCCAAAUUAUUUUUUUGAGAAAGGGGUGGGAAGAGUCACCAUUUCAUUAUUACAUUCCCAGAAAAGCGUCUCCAUCACUGUUCUGUUAAAGUAAUGGAGAACGAGGACAUGUCGCUGGAGAAUAUGGACCCCUCACUGACUGAGUUCAGUGAGGGACUCAAUUUUGGGGAUAUAGACGAAAUGCUGCAGUUUGUCAGUGGUCAAGUGGGUGACUUUCCUGACCUGUUUGAGCAUUUCAGCACUGGUCUGACGGGAUGCGAAAAGCUCGACCAGCCUCCAGUUGCUCCACCACAGCAGCAAGGAGCACCGCCGCAGGCACCAAUACUGCAACAGCAGCUGGUGCAGCAACAGGUGCAGCAGCAAGUUCAUCCCUCCGCAGCACCAGCGAUCCCACAGACCCCUUCCCCUGCAACCCAAAGGACCACCCCAGUUCUACACCCUCGUCCGCCAGUACACACACAGCCGCAGCAGCAAACCUUCAUGAUAACAUCAAACUUUACCUCAGCACCGACGCAGACUCGGAUCAUUCAGCAGCCUGUACUCACCUACCAGAACCAAGGAGGAUUCUCAGUUCUUCAGUCCCAGAUACAGAACCUGGUCACUUCCCCACAGGUGCAGCCAGUCACCUUUCAGCAGCAGGUACAGGGUCUGUCAGCCCACAGGAUGCUUACUUCAGCCGCCACAGCCACCAUCCAGACGCUGACACCGGGCACCACCACCUCCGUCCAGACACACUCGCCACAGGUGCAGCAGGUCCCUGUACUGGUGCAGCCUCAGCUCAUAAAGACGGACUCCUUAGUCCUGACGGCGCUGAAAGCUGAUCACAGUCCGGUUAUUGCGGCCGUGCAGAAUCCAGCCAUUACCACACUGACCACUCCAAUGCAGACCACAGCUUUGCAAGUCCCAACAUUGGUCAGCAGUAAUGGAACUAUUUUGACCACCAUGCCAAUGGUGGUUGGGCCAGAAAAGGUUCCAAUCAAGCAGAUUGUUGGAAAUGGAAAAGCACCAGUGGAGGGGCCAAAGGAGGGUGAAAAAAGAACAACACACAACAUCAUUGAGAAGCGUUACAGAUCCUCCAUCAAUGAUAAAAUCAUAGAGCUCAAAGACCUUGUGAUGGGGACGGAAGCUAAGAUGAACAAAUCUGGAGUUCUAAGGAAAGCCAUUGAUUACAUUAAAUACCUGCAACAAACUAACCACAAACUACGACAGGAGAACAUGGCACUGAAAAUAGCCAAUCAGAAAAACAAGGGUCUGAAGGGAUCUGAGAUUUCCAGUCUGUUGGAUAUUGAUGCGGACCUGAAGACCGAUGACUUCAAAUCACACUUAUUGAUCAUGUCACCCCCACCUUCGGAUUCUGGCUCCCCAGGCACUUUCUCACCUUGCUCCAUUGAUUCAGAACCAGGAAGCCCUCUUCUCGAUGAAGCAAUGGUAAAGGAGGAACCAUUGUCUCCCCCCACCCUUGGUAUGCUGGACAGCUCCCGGAUUCUUCUGUGCACCCUCACCUUUCUGUGUCUUUCUUUCAAUCCACUUGCUUCACUGUUUGAACAUCGAGUCCAUCCACCAGCACUUGAAGAUUCCGGACAUUCUGGUAGAAGUAUGCUUGGAAUUGAGGCUGAAGAGUCCAAAGGCUGGUUUGAUUGGAUGCUCCCCACCCUAAUCCUCUGGCUGGUGAAUGGCGUCAUUGUGCUGAGUGUAUUUGUGAAACUCUUCAUUUACGGUGAACCCAUCACGCGUCUCCAUUCUCGGUCCUCUGUCACAUUCUGGAGGCACCGCAAGCAAGCAGAUCUGGACUUGGUCAGAGGUGCCUUUAUUGCUGCUGCAGGAAACUUACAGGCUUGUUUAUUGGCACUGGGACGAGCACUGCCAGCUUCCCGGUUAGACCUAGCCUGUAGCCUAUGUUGGAAUAUCAUUCGGCAUGGCAUUCAGAAGCUGGUGUUUAUGCGCUGGCUGCUGAAGUGGACGAGAGGUCUUCGGCAAGAAGCACAGCUUCAAGAAGAAGCCAAGACGAGUGCACGAGAUGCUGCACUGGUAUAUCAUAAACUCCAUCAACUGCAGCUGACAGAUAAACUGGUGCAAAGUCCCGCAAGUGCAAUCAAUCUAGCUCUGUCCGCAGUUAAUCUAGCAGAGUGUGCAGAGGAGAAAAUCCCCCCAAGUGUCAUGGCAGAAAUCUAUAUAACUGCUGCCAUCUGCCUAAAAAGCAACUUUAGUGGCAGAUUCUCCUUCCUACUGCGCUAUUUCCUGCGUCAAGCCCGGCGAGUUUGCCAAUCCCAGUGCAGUUCUGACCCAGGCACCUAUCACUGGCUUUUCCAUCCCCUGGGGCACCGCUUCUUUGUGGACUGUGAUUGGUCUCUUAAAUCAGUUGCAAAGGAAAGUCUCUUCAGCUCUCCAAGGAACCCAGUUGAUCCGGUAGCCCAAGUGAACCAGGCAUUUUGUGAAAAUUUACUUGAGAAAGCCGUAUACUCGCUAGUCAAGCCAGAGCUUGAGGAUGCUGGAGAGUUCUCCAAUGCUUUCGAGUACUUGCAGUUACUUAAAACUUGUGCUGAUACAGCAGGUAAUUGGACACAGGCAUUUUCCAUUGAAUCCAGUCUGAGGAAUACUGCAGGUCCAGAUCCUGUGAGUAAGUGGUGGACAUCAGUUGUCGCAUUCACUGUACACUGGCUUCAGGGUGACGAUUCAACAGCGAAAGGAUUGUUUACUGAAGUAGAACGAAUACCCAAAUCUCUGCAGAUGUCUGAAAGCCCACUGCCAAAAGCAAUUCUUUACGUCUAUAAAGCGAUGCAGACAACCCUUUUGGGGAAGCGAGAUGUUCACCAGACAACAUUCCUGCACUGCGAGAGAGCCAGUGGAUACCUCUGCAACAGUUUGACUGUCUCUAGACCACACCAGGAUACAAAGCUUCACAAGGCAAUGCAGUUGUUGAUCUGCGACAUUAUGCUCUCAAUUCGUACCACCUUGUGGCAGAAACAGACGAAUUCCGGCCAAGCUGUGGGCGAGACCUACCAAGCCUCAAGUCUAGAACUGAAAGGAUUCCAACAGGACUUGAGCAGUCUCAGGAAGCUCGGCCAGACAUUUAAACCAGCACAUCGUAAGAUGUUUUUGCAUGAAACAACGGUGAGGUUGAUGGCAGGUGCAAGUCCAACAAGAACACACCAGCUUCUGGAGCAUAGUCUGAGGAGACGUACUCCACACCCUGUUCAACAAGGUGACCUGGAUGCUCUUCCUGGCCAGAGAGAGAAGGCAACAGCAAUACUGCUGGCAUGUCGCCACCUUCCCCUCUCAUUUCUCUCCUCUCCGGGUCAGAGAGCCAUCAUGCUAGCCGAGGCUGCGCGCACGCUGGAGAAACUCGGAGACAAGCGGUCAGUCAACGACUGCCAGCAGAUCAUCAUGAAACUGGGCAGUGGCACUACAAUUGCGGCAAGCUGAUGACGGCAGUCUCUGGCAGAUCUCCUGACUAAAUUCUAUCCUAUUCACCAAGUGAAGGCCUCAGUAGGGGUUGGUGACCCGAAAGGAACAACUUGGCAUAUUCUUUUAAGGGUUUUAUCAAUCUUAUCUAAAACUAAGAUUGGAAUGGAAUGUAAAGUUGGAUAUUAACUGAAGAGGGCCAUUAGCUUGUGCUUGCCUUAUUGCUCUCACUACCAAUCCCUGGACGCUUUAGUUCUUGAUCAGAGUGCUGCACAAUCCACAAGGUUCCACUCAAUAAUUUCUUAAAUUGUUUCAUCCUCAUGAUCUUGGAUGUUUUUGAACUAUAGGAAUGUAAGUUAUCGUGUAUGCAUUUAUAAGAGUUUUUUUUUGUUUAAGAUUUCACAUGUGAAAGUACUUUGUUUGAAUAUACAGUCAAUAAAGCCACAAUAGCUAGUCAAGCCCUUCUCUUUUAUAGAUCACCUCCAUCUAAUUGUUUUCUCACCACAUAAUCCUGAUUUGUAUCAGAUUGAUCUCUUAAAUCCAUGUAUUCUCUUGACUGCGAUAGGCUUUCCAUGCAAUUUAUUUCACAACUCUCAUGCACAUUGUGUGAAAAAAUUGUAAGGUAUUUAAGGCUGAUUUGUUAAAUGAAAGUUUGUUUUUUACGCUUCAGGUCUCUGUGAUCAGUGUUGUUAUGGGCUGAUCAAUUCACAUGUUGAGCAAGGUGUUUGGGGCUGUCUCAAAGCUUUACCAUAACAAAUUCCACUGGACUAGCUUGUCUCACUCGAGUUCUAUUUCCGAGUCACCGUUCAUGUAGAACAAUUCUGGUCCCAACUUAAAGGUUACUCCCAAUAAGCUUUAAGUGUUAAAGACAUUUGUUUACUGCAGUUGUAGUAUUGAUUGAAUCUCAGAAAUUGUUCUUUAACACUGUCAUCAAACAAGUGCUCAAAGCUAGUAACUUGAUUACAUAUCAACUCACUAAUAGUUAAACAUAAUUUGAAUAGUGCUUGACUCACUGCUGAUUUUUAAUGAUGUAAAUCGCAGAACUGAAUGGUUUUAAAUCUUUGAGAUCGAUGUUUCUUUUUUUUAAAAAAAGGUUUGAGCUAAAACAAAAUGAUGCCAUAAAAAUGUAUGGUUGGUGUCGUGGAGUUAACAAUUGUAAAAUUGUUAAUUUUUGGAUCUAGCAACAUAAAGAUUAAUUAUGAAUAUUUGUUAUAAUUUAUGAAAGUGUAAAGCGAGGCUGUUGUAGCUAUUGUUUUUUAUUGUUACACAGGGCAUGACUGAAUUUCCUCUUUUCAAAGAACUAUUCAUUAGCUGUGUAUAGCUUCAUCAAAUCUUGGCUGCAUCUGUAAAUACUUAAGUGCAAGUUUCUUGUCAUCUGUUUUCUUGGGUACAGUAUGUAAUGAUGUUUUUGUUGUGCUAUUUGGUGUUUUAUUUAAUUGAUAAAUAUCGUGAAGCUGUAAGAAGAUCUUAAGACAUUGUAUGCAAAAGAAUAAAAUGCAUUUGU